UUUUGUUUGUGUCGAGUGUGGGCAAAAAUCUGAAGAGAUAUACAAAGAAUUUAGAGGAGGAAGCUUUAAACUUUGCAUCUGUAAAUUUUGCAAGAAAAGAGUUGAUAAAUAUAUGGAAUUUGAUACUGUCAUUGUUUUUCUGGAUAUCAUUCUCCAUAAGAUUCAAGCAUACCGUCACCUGGUUUUCAAUAAACCUCCAAAGAUUUAUUGGCAGCUUGGGAUAAUCUAUCUCCUUUGUGACUCUUAUAUCAAAUGGUAUAACGUGAAGCACAAAGGUUUUCACGAGUUUGGGACGAUAACAGAUUUUUCUGUACUCGAAAUGCAGUUUUAUUUCAUGUUCUUUGUGUCAUGUUUAGAAACAAUCGUUUUUCUCUCAGCAAUUCUCGUGGCAAUACAAACAUUUGCGUACUGGACAAGUCUUGCAAUUAUUCCGAGGUAUGGUGAUAUUCUUCGAGUUCUAUUGCUGUCCAGUUUUGGUAAACUUUUGGCAUUCCCAGCCGUGAUCUGGGGUCAAACACACAGUGCGGUCUAUCUCGGGCUGACAAGAUUGUUCAUUUUUACUUCAAAUAUUGUCGCUUUUAAAGUUCUUUUUGGCAAGAUAAUUCCUGCAAUAUUCAUUGUGACCUUUGGCAAUGGACUGAUGUACAGUUUUAUAGCUGGAUAUAGGACACUAGAACUUCAGGAAUAUAUUGUUCGAUGAUGCCCCGAACGAUGAAACUAAUUCAAAGACUUAUAUGGCAUUGUAUGGGCAAUCAAAAUUAACAUUGUAUUAUUUAGCUAUAAAUAAGCUAUUAUUUGAAAGAGCUGAAUGUAACAUAAUAAGUUCUUUUUUCAGAAUUGCUAUGGCAGU